CAAAACUUACAAUAUUAAAGCCAGGACUGCGUAUAUUUUUUAUGGUUAUUCUUAGGUCAUUCUUAGGUUGUCUGUUUACUGGAACACUAGUUAGCUGUUAGUUCACUUGUUGCGGCAUUAUUAUUAUGAGUCGGAUGAGACUAACGGCUAUUAAACCGUAAGUUAUACUCGGUAAACUGUUCAAUGCUUUAUUCUGCACGGUCUGCACCAUAAGAGAAAAGUUGACGACGUAGUAGUGGUUGUUUCGGAUAACGCUGAGAACUUUAAGGGCUAUCAGUAUCUGGAUCGGUUUUAUGGAUCGUCGUGAAAUGAGAGGAGUUUGUACGUCGGAAUGCAGCAGUCGACGUUCUGGACUCGACGGCGAUAUUUCGUUAUUGCUGGUGUUGGGAGUUUCUUCGUCGGUAUCGCCACCGGCAGCUGUACAUUAUACGUGAUACAAAAAUGGCGUCGCACUGAGAUCCCUUCCGUUACUUUGGAUGGCCGUGAAAAGUACAUCUAUAUUGAACGCAAUAAGUCCACGCAGAUUCAGGACCGUAUCCCUAUACGCAUCGACAAGUUCGUGCCCGAUCUGUUCAAUGCAUCCAAUCUGGUGCGCGCCGUUCUCCUGGAUGAGGAACGGCGGGGACGGAUCAUCGACGAUCUGGCGCGGCGCUCCUGGAUGGCCUUCGAAGCCUACCAGAUCGCGCAGAAAGCCUUUGCAUACCCGAAACUAAUGAUUUCUCUCGCGCGCGCCGAGAAUUUCAAUCCUGAUUUAUUGUUCCGACCUGGGAAACUCAAAGAUCAAUUCCUGCGAGAAAAUCUGUGCGACGAUUUAAUAACUAUCCUGAAAAAAUGCCCGGCCACGAAAAACAUGCCGCGCUUGGCUCUGAAGAAAGACAGAGCGUUGCGUUAUGCUGCACGGACGUCGAACAUGGUCUCUGAGUAUUUAAUGGGCCUAGCUGGGCCGCCGUCGGAAACCCAGAAGAGUAAAUUCCUUCUGGAAACGCUGAGUGAAAUGUCCGAACAUCCGGAGUGUUGUCUCAAAAUGAGGGAUGAUGGAAUUAUCCGAGUGUUGAUUAGACUCUCCAAAGAGCUUUCUCUGAAUAUUGAUGAUUACCGAUGCAUUGUGAGAAUACUCGCCAAUGUUUCGGCUGUGGCUUACGACGAUGCUCUGCUUGAAGAAAUUACCAGGUCUGGUCUGCUGAAAAUGUUAGCUGAAUGGUCGAACUCUUCAGAUUUGGAUCUGUGUCUGCGAGCAUCCAAAACUCUGUCCAAUUUGGAUAAAGAGUCAGAUCCUUACUUCUACACCAGCGGAGUUUACCUGCUUCAUCCUCUGAAGUUGCCAAAGACGGAACCGGUGUUCGACAUUGUGUUUGUGCACGGUUUGCGCGGUGGUGUUUUGAAGACAUGGCGGCAAAAUGAUGCCGCCAGACGCAGUACGAAUCGCCAGCAGCUUCCCAUGAAUGUGGAUGAACCUUACUUACAUACCCAGUGUUGGCCUAAAGAUUGGCUGCCAGUGGACUUCCCCUCCAGUCGCAUAAUCGCUGUGGAUUACGAAACGUCCUUUGUUCUGCCGACUUUCCCAGCAACAGGAAAUGGUGGUAACAGCGGCGUUCUGGAACUUCGCAGUGCUGACCUACUGGAACGAUUGCACUUGGCCGGAAUCGGAAAGCGACCAGUGUUCUGGAUAUCGCACUCAAUGGGUGGACUUCUGGUUAAGCAGAUGUUGCUGUUGUCUUUGGAAAAACCGGAAACGUCCGAUUUGCUGAAGAAGACCCUGGGUUGUGUCUUUUAUUCGACACCCCAUCUUGGUUCACCGUUUGCUGACCAGAUGGCCCGCCUUUUCAAAGUCUCUCCAGAAGUACAGGAUCUGCGGAUCAACAAUCCUUAUUUGCUCAAAUUGCAAGAGAAAUUUUCCCAUCUGGUUCAAGAGCAUGCGUUGAAUUUGCUGAGCUUUGGAGAGACACUGCCUGAUUACAGGAUAAUCUCUACGCGAUUUGUUCCCGUAGAUAGUUCGAAUAUGCGAAUUGGGAAGUUUGUUGAGCUGGGCGAUGCGACGCAUUUUGUCUCAUGCAAGCCUUCUCAUCCUCGUUCGGCCAUGUAUUGUGAACUGAUAAAUUUUUUGCGAGAAUUGCUCAUUUCUUAUGAAGAUAAUGGAAAAGCAAAGCCUGAUACCAGCUAGCUCGUGCACUAAAUUGGUACAGUUUAUAUGUCUGUGUUAAUUCUUGCUAUGUGUAGCUUUACAUUUUUCGGUUCGCAGUGUGUACUUGCUCAAGUCAUUACUACUCAAAUCUGUGAUCGGGAUCUUCGGCCAUUGUAUCAUAAUUAACAUUUAUGGAUCCAUAAAAUUACUAUCACAUUUGCACUUUGCAGAUGAAUGUUAAUCUGUCGCUCUCGCUUCGAAAAACUUGUU